AUCUUCACACUAGCCUUUUUAAACUCAUCCCCUCAAGCCAGAACCACACACAUUCGCUCUCUCUUGGUCUUUAGCUCAAGAUAAUAUAGAAUGGAAGAUCAUUACCAUCAAGUAGAAGUGGAGGGAGAAGAAGAGAUCAAGCCACCCAAAGAAGCCAACAAGACAGACGAAGACACAUCAUCAUCGAGAAUAUUCCCCUGCCUCUUUUGUUCUAGAAAGUUCCAUAGCUCCCAAGCCCUAGGAGGCCACCAGAACGCCCACAAGAAGGAGAGAACCGCUGCUAGAAGAGCGAAAAGGGCUUACGAUUUCAUCAACAACAAUGACUUGCUUCACACGUUACCUGUUUUCUUAUCCUCUCCUUCUCGACAUCACUUGACCAUCUUAGGCUACCCUGCUUCUGCCUCCGUUGCCUGUUUUCCAGCGGUUCAUCCUGACCAUCCGAUCUUCAGAUCCAGUGGUUCUCAUGUCGUGUUGGCCACAUCCCACCAAGGUAGAGAUUGCAAAGGAGGGUAUUUUGGUCAACAACAUGUUGACAUUUUGGAUCAUCACUAUAAUGUGGUGAAUAGUGACAAGGGUAAAGAUCAGUGUCUUGAUCUCUCCCUCCAUUUGUGAUCUUAGCGUUAAUCGUUUGUUAGUUCUGGCCUUGCUAAAACUGACUAAAUGUUCCAUCAAUAUCCUGAUUGUAAUUGGUAUUCCAAGAAACAAUGGACGACAUAUAGGGAUUAAACUAUUAGUAAUUCU